CUAAUAAUCACACAAUCUUUUUUUUUUUUCAAAAAAAGUUUGUCCAGUGCGAUUCUGUUUAACCAAAAUUGAUUCUUUCUCUCCCAAUUUGUGAGAUCUUUUUCUUUGGCAGUGAUGAGUAAGGGACCGGGACUGUUCGUCGAUAUCGGCAAGAGAGCCAAAGAUCUCUUGACCAAAGAUUAUACGUCGGAUCAGAAGUUCACGGUUUCCACUUAUACUGGCGCUGGAGUGGCCAUCACAUCAACUUCUCUAAAGAAAGGAGGACUUUCUACUGGGGAUGUUGCUGCACUAUACAAGUACAAGAACACUCAAUUUGAUGUCAAAGUCGAUACCGACUCUAAUAUCUCGACGACGAUGACAUUCACUGAUAUUCUUCCCUCCACUAAGACUAUUGCGUCAUUCAAAGUGCCUGAUUAUAACGCUGGCAAGCUGGAGGUUCAGUAUUUUCAUCACCAUGCAACCUUCACAACAACUAUUGCUCUGUACAAGACGCCAGUUGUUGAUGCCACAGCAACAAUUGGCACACCCUCUAUUGCUUUUGGAGCAGAGGCAGGUUAUGAUCCUACCAAAGGCAAUUUUACAAAGUACACUGCUGGUAUUAGUGUGACAAAACCAGAUUCAUGCGCUUCCAUAAUUCUAGGAGACAAGGGAGACAGCAUAAAAGCAUCUUAUGUGCAUUAUCUGGACAACCUGAAGAAGAGCGCUGCCGUGGGCGAGAUCAGCAGAAAGUUUUCAACAAAUGAGAACACGUUCACUGUUGGAGGGGCUUACGCUGUUGAUCAUCUCACACUGAUUAAAGCUAAGCUCAACAAUCAUGGGAGGCUUGGAGCAUUGCUGCAGCAUGAAGUCAUACCGAAGUCAUUGUUGACAGUCUCUGGUGAGCUUGACACCAAGUCCUUGGACAAAAGUCCUCGCUUAGGAUUGGCCUUUGCUCUGAAACCCUAAUCAAUUAUUUGCAACCCAAUGAUGCUUUUACAGAUUUGAUUACGAUUUUUUUUUUGUGGUGAUUUAAAAUGGGGGUGUCAAUAAGUUGCUCCACAGGCGAUUAAUAUUCAUUUCUAGGUUCGCAUUUCCUGUGGAUGGAUGAUUGAUACUUUUGGCUUUCAAUGAUUCAGAUGUUGAAGUUUUGAUCCGAUUUGAGCCAUUUUGACAUUGGCACAUUUAUGCCUCCUUGUAUUGAGUAUUUCUUUGAUUUGGUAAAUGCUUUAUAACUGCCUUGAUUUGUUA